GGCAAAAGAGAUAGGGUCUUUAAGAAAACUUGAAGCAACCUUGUUAACUUUUUUUUGUUACACACUUGCUAAUCAUGGCGGAGUCCAUGCACAGGUAUGCAGUUGUGACAGGGGAAAACAAGGGUAUUGGACUUGAGAUAUGUAAGCAGUUAGCCUGUAAAGGGAUCACGGUGGUGUUAACUACUAGAGAUGAGAAAAGAGGUCUUGAGGCUCUUGAAAAUCUGAAACACUGUGGUCUCUUGGAUCAUCUAGUUUUCCACCAGCUUGAUGUAGCCGACCCUGCAAGCAUCGCUUCUUUGGCAGAUUUUGUGAAGAAACUAUUUGGCAAGCUUCAUAUCUUGGUGAACAACGCCGGGGUAAGAGGAGUAAACAUUGAUCGAAGAAAAAUUUACUACCUCUUCGUUACUUCUGCCAUUGAUGAGGAGAAACAGAACGAGCUCUCCUCUGGCCCUCUUCGGACUGGUCCGGACUCUGGAAGUUGGCCAACCGCCCUCUCUGCCUAUACAGUCUCAAAAGUAGCCAUGGAUGCCCACACAAGGAUUCUUGCCAAGAAGUAUCCGAAUUUCUACAUCAACUGUGUUUGUCCCGACUUUGUUAAAACAGAUAUAAAUUUCAAUAUGGGUAAGUUGACUGUUGAAGAAGGGGCUGCGAGUCCUGUUAAAUUAGCACUCUUGCCAAAUGGUGGUCCUUUUGGCCUUUUCUUCAAUCGGAGUGAACCUGCAAGUUUCGACUCAGAUAAUUGA